GCAGAGCUCGACGAAGAAAACGCAUUGCAAAACAGUAGUUUGGCAUCUUGUCUUCAAGAGGAAGUUGCGUCAGAUGCAGAAGUGUCAUCUUCAAUAGUGAGCGGCGCAGCCACAGCAUUGGAAAUCGACGCAACGACGCCGCCCCCAGAGCAGGAGCCACAGCGUUUCGCUGCCGCAAACAACGGCGCAGCUGAAGAAAUUCCUAUCGGCGCUAGUGACAAAGUUGAGCUUGCGAUGGCCGGCGAGAAAAUAAAAGCCGAGGAGUCAACAUCCGGAGUGGGGCUAGCUUGCAUCGAUGUGGUUUCAACUAGCAGUGGAGUAGAACAGGAGGACGAUGGGACGUCAUCGUCCGCGACUAGAUCUCUCUUUACAGCGGCUGCACCCGCAGUUGCAACUGCUGACGCAACUGGGGCUUCGGAAAAAGCGCAGGACGAGGCUGCUGUGGACGACAAGGAACUCUUAGAAAAACAGGCAGAGGAGAAAUCAUCGACCAGUCAUGUGGGCUCGCGAAGCUCAUCCAAACAGCAUGCUGAUGUAACAAGAGCGAAAAAUAACGAGGUUGCAAGCAAUUUGGGGGACGAGGGACCACCAGGCAGUGCCAAUUUUGUCAAGGAAGGCAGUGCUGUGGCAGUAAAUAGUGGAUCUUCUUCAAUAGUCACUGCUUCUGCUAUUAGCAGCAGUAGCAGCAGAGCUAGUAGUAAGACGGUUGCUGUAGCUCCCACGAAAACAAAGACGAAGAAGAAUGGAAAAAAUAAGCCGAACGUGUGGGUGUUAAAGCCGGGUCUGUUCGCUAACCGGGGUUGCGGCAUCGAGAUUAUGACGGAUUUGUCGAAGAUUCAGGCGCAUCUGCGCAAGAAGAUCCACAAGACGCCGUUUUUAGUACAGAAGUAUAUCGAAAAGCCCUUUCUCGUUGACGGUCGAAAAUUUGAUAUUCGGGCCUACGCACUUGUAGUGGACGAAUGCGACGACAUCGACGCUGCCGCUCCAGCGGUCUCACAAGGCGGAGGUGGCAGACCUGUUUCUAGCGUACUCGGAAGCGGUGGCCCAGAAUCAAAAACAACGAACACGACGAAAAAAGCGACAACUGAAUCGUUAACUAAGGCUUCAACUGCGACGCCGAUCAUGGGUGAAACGGUAGGAGGCACAAACGCAUCAUUAGCCAGGACCGAAGUAGAAGGCACACCACUUGCGACACCAGAUGGCGCAAUUUCAUCUGAGACCGAGGAGCUGAGACUGCCAAACAUGCGCACACCGCGAGACGAGGAUCAUGGUAUUCCCGAAGGCAGGUCGGAAGAGGACGAGUAUUUGGCCACGCUGGAAUAUGAUGAUCCGUACAGUCCUAUGAUUCGCACUGCGAGUGGAUGGCAGCCAAACGCGCGCACGCCUCUGAUGUCGCCGCUGCUCAACGGUCAUCUAACGUCACCCUUCGGGUCGCCGCCAGCGACUUCCGUAGGUCGAUUCUCAGGCGAGAAAACCGCUGGUGCGAAUGCUGACAGCCUAGUUGCCGGAGACGGGAAUCAACGAUCGCAGAGUAGAACUUUGGGAAGGCUACAAAAAGAAGCAGAAGGGCCAGCAGGAGCAAUUCAUUCCGGAAUCGGUCGGUCGGUUAGCAGCAGUAGUGCAAGCACUGGUGGAAGCUCUGGAGCAGCUCGUCCCAAGUCAGCAGCUGCAAAGACUUGCACAUAUGAGAUUUACUUUUACGUCGACUACUACAUCCGUACGACAUCGACUACAUAUACUUGCAGCGAUUUUGAAAAUCGACUAAAACAUCUCAACAAUGAUGCUGUUCAGAAACAUGGAAAGGACUAUGGAAAAUUCGAGUCGGCGAACAAGCUCUCAGUUGCGGACUUUCAAAAGUACCUGGAACAACACUACCCGAGCUACCGAACAAACGGUCCAACCGGCUUUAACGUGGAUCAUCUGACAGUAUGGAAAUGGAAGCCAUUAGAAUUUCAGAUAUUGAGAUAUGUAUCGAUGUAGCAAUUUGCAACCUUUUCGUCCAAUCAUCUGUUUGUGAGUGGUGGAUUGUCUCAACAUAUUAGUCCAGGAUGUCCGGGGUCAGCUCUAAUUACCGCGCAGAUUAAGCAGCAUAUGGAGACCUCAUUCCGCGCUGGAUUGCCGCGGCUGAAUCCGCGGCGUGUGCCUGGUUGCUUUGAGGUUUUUGGCUUUGAUUUCAUGCUUGAUUCUGACUUCCGCUGUUGGCUCAUUGAGAUUAACACAAAUCCAUGCCUGGAGUUGUGCAAUGCCAAUCUCGCCACGAUAAUUCCACCUCUCAUCGAGUCGUCGAUUCGAAAAAAAGUUUUCAAGAACUUCGGAAAGUGGUCGCACAAGUGGGAACGCAUUGUUUAAAGAGGAGCAGGAUUGCCACUUUCUAGGUAUCAUUCUGCUGUAAUUCGUGUGGUUUCCGUUGACGUUGAAUCUUUGAAAUUGGACCUUACGCUUAGAAUUAGAUGAGGUUCGUUCUUUCUAGUGUGCGAGUCGUGUAGAUUAGCAAGAAACAACAGAACAAAUAACAGUUGAACUGUUGAAGCUCGCCGUGGUGUGUGAUUCCGCAGUUGUACCUCUUCUUGUGAACUAGCACUUCAUGGCAUGUCACGGCGAGUGUGCCUUCCGCACUAACUUAGUAAGAUUAAGAUUUUCAUCACAAUUGUAGUUUUCAUUGUCUACACCGGGAGGAUCAACAGUGGAGAUUUUUGACGAGGGCCCUCUAGAUAGUACAUUGUUGUACUACAGUAGUACACUUGUUUCAGUUAACGCGCAUUACGGCAGGAACUUUGUCACACAAUAGCCUUUUUGCCCAGGAAAUUGAUGUAGAAACUCUUGUGUAGAAGUGCAUAGGCUGGGCUCAUAGAUUUAUGACUCAGCGAAGCUGUAGCUGUAGGAUAAUUUGUCUGGGUUUGUCACAGGCUAGUGCAGGGAUGACCCUGCGCUGCUGUCAAGUUUAUUCAGUUGGGCCGCCUUGUCUCGUAUAUUAAGCCAAAGAAUCCGGCGAAGACUAUGACACGGGAAGGCCGCCGACAAUGGCCAAAGCCCCCACAAGCAAAAGACAAGCCACGCCGGCGGAGCGGCUGAUGCCCAUGGAGGUGAAGGCGCAACGCACAGGCCCAAGAGCUGCAAAAGAUGCACAAACGAACAAGACAAGCAAGACAAAGAGGCGGAGGAAAAUGAAGACGAAAGGACUCGAAAAGGGAAAAGACGACGGCCACAGGGAAGAACACAGGGGGCGGGCAGAGUGCCACGGAACGCACAGCCAGAACGCAGGCGCGGACAUUGCCGGGGAAAGUGAUUGUGAAGGCGGGCGAGGGGUCGAAGGGGCCAGGCUACGACAUGGGGAGGGGGCACCGCCGUAACUGACGCGAGGGCCAUGCAUGGGAACAAGGAUGACGAAAGACGAAGAAGCAGCGGGCAAGACCGAGACAAAGAGAAGAAGUGAGCCAAUACCAAGACCCGACCAAGGCGAGCGACACAGACAGAGGCACGCGUCAGCAGAGCCCGCCGCGCCGGCGCCCAGCAGGUGCCGCGCGCGCUUGAAUGAACCAGGGGAAGAGGAGAGCGAGGCAGGCGACAGACACGCACCCCCGCCCGCGCCCGCGCCGGCUGGAGUGUCCUUCGUGUGUGUCUGACUGUUCGCCACUGUCUUCGCCGUCGUUGUCGUUUUUGUCGCCGCCUUCAUUCUUUCACCUUAUUCGGGGUCGCCACAGGCUUGCUUGGCGUUGGUGCGGGCGUGCUGCUUUCUGGGGCUGCGUGUCGCUGGGUGACAGAGGUAGACACUCUCUGGCUUGGAGUUUUUACCUCGCUACAGGCGCCGGCCCCUUUCUCCGCGCCUUGUCUCUUGUCAUACAACACUACACCUGCGCGCAGUCUAUGCGGCGUCACGCGCUCGGCAUGUGUGCGAGCGUGAGAGGGUGUCCGGGUCCCCUCGCUCCAAAGGAAGCAGAAGCAAGCGCACUCCCACCCCCGCCCCCGCGGCUAUCAUCUUGUGGGCCUCGCUCGGGCCUUCCUUCUCUGUUUCUUGGGUUUUUGCUCCCGUUGGUUUUCACACAUGUUGACGAGAGAGCGGACGAGCGGAGGCGAAACCCGCAGCACGCGUCACCCGACCCCUCUGAAAGUGCUGACCUGAUCUCGACUGAAGAGAGGCAAGGCCAAAGGGGCGCCCGCUUUUCCUUCGCGGUCUUUUUCGGGUCGCGCGAUGCGCGAAGGCCAGGGCAAGGGAGCCGCCCCAUGACGGACACCGCAGGCACCCGCACAAAGGAGGGGAGGGCGGCGGGCAUUGAUCGGGCCCGAAGGAGUAAAGGGCGCCGGGCAUUUCUGGCUUUGCAACAACUCUCUCAAAGAAAAAGGGAAUGCCAGAGGCCACUCUCUGGGGCUUCGAUGCACAGAGCCAGAGGCGGGACCGGGCUCCCGGCUGUCGCCUGCUCGUCCAUUUGUCCGCCGCGGCUCUCUUUGUCUCGGUAUUUCAUAUGAAACAAAGCGGCUUUUUUUCUUUCUUUACAUAUCCAAAACUUUCUCGCCUUGCUGGGGAAAGGUAGGAAGUCUCUUGCUGAAGUAUCGACAGACAAGAACGAUGAGAAAACUGGCAAAAAGAUGAUGGGCAGACUCAUUGGCGUGGUUCUUUGUCUUGUUCCUUCGUCUGCCAUCUUUGUUGACAUGCAUCGCCAUGCCUGUAAAAGAGCCAACGUCUUUAGCCCGUUAUGGGUCCGUCUUCAGGUUCAAAACAAAGCGACAAUCUCGGGCAAAGCCAGCAACUUCGUUCGAAAAUCACAAUUCGAUAUAGCUUCUCC